CUAUAAUAUAUAUCUUACUUUUAUACUAGAUUAUAGAUGGGUACAGGUUUUGAGUCAUACAAUCAUACUAUUUUGGUCCUUUACUAAAAUUUAUGAAGAACCAGCUUUCCGUACUUAUAUUUUCAUUGAAUUGAUUACGCAAUUUAUGACGUAUCUCAUGUGACGUAAUUUAAAUGACGAAACUAGCUAGACGCUUUGGAUUUAAGGACAACAACAAUUCGGACUAAGAGGGGUUUUAUUCAACAGUUUAAUAUUUUUUAAGCAUCGAACGAUUAGUGUGUGUGUUUACGAUGGAUUAUUAUAAUAUUAUGAAUGUGAAUAACAGUGUUGGGAUAUAAAACUGGAAUGAAACUGGUGAUACUCAAGCCACACGUGUUUCUUAUUCUGACCGUCAAUUUCCUUCUGACUAAAACAUUAUGGCGGGUAUAGCCGAUGUGUUCACUGAGUCGGAAAGGACGAACUGGCUGAAAGCUUGGCUGGCAAUUGAUAUUGCAAAGUCUGGCCUAGAGAAAUUUGUUGAGACCGAGGCUACAACUCUACACGGAAACAUAUACAAUGCUAUCUUGUCAAGUGGCGCCGUCGCGUGUGUUGACUGUCACACAGCCAACUUGCUGAAAUGCCCUUCACGAGGAAUAUGCAAUAAACGAGGAGCACAAAGUCAAUGCACAUCUAUGCAUGACUCGCCGUUAAAACAACCACGACCAUGUUCUGCAAACGUUUGUAAUAGAGUCCGUGAUGAAAUUGAAAACCAACAUAAAUUUUCCAACCCUUCUUGGAAAAACACAUCGGCGAAUCAUUGGUCAUCAAGUCCUUGGCACAUAGCCAAGGCGUAUUUUCCUCCUGACGGUUAUACUGAAACUAGUUCGGUACAAGAUACGGACUUCAACGGAAUCAUAAGUUUCAUGAUGAACUGCAAACACUUCAAUAACACGUUUUCGUUCCCCAUCGCUCCGGGAAAACCACAUCCGCCAUGCCUUUUAACAAAGGCGCGAGAAUUUUGCAGAACAGUACGCCAUUCGUCUACGUUCAAGGUUACAGACACAGAUCUCCAUGACAUUUUCAUAACACUGAUUAGCCUACUGACUGAUACACAAUGUCUAGCCCACGACGUUGAUGCGCGGGAGGCUGUGAGGAAAUUAGCAAAGCUACAAUCCAACGUUCUGAAGCUUACAACGGAGGAAAUUAUUAACUAUGAGAACUUUUGUAAAGACAUAGGGCGUGGUGCAAAGGUUGAAUGGUUCAACUUUGACGGAGAGUCAAUAUGGAACAAAAUUGAACAAGAUCAAAAGCUAUGCGAUGCAGAAGAAGAGGAGUUAGUUCUUAACAUGAACACUGUUACCCUGGUGACGAGAACUCAGUGGCAUGCCCUAUCCUCCAAAGAAGAUGCACAAUAUAUGACGAUGCCAGUGAGCCACGUGUUCAUACACCAUACGGUGAUGAGUGAGUGCGUCUCGCAAAGAGAAGGCGCCAUAGAGAUGCGCAAAAUACAACAUCUUCAUCAGGAUAUAAAUAGAUGGGCCGAUAUCGGUUACAACUUUGUGAUCGGACAGGACGGUAGUGUGUACAUGGGUCGAGGGUGGGAUCGGGUCGGGGCCCACACAUUGGGCUGGAAUAAUAAAUCCAUUUCAUUUGCAUUCACGGGAAACUUUACGGAAAAACAGCCCACUGACGACGCCUUGAAAGCUCUUGAUGCUGCGCUUGUCCUUGGUGUGAAACUCGGUAAACUCACGCCCGACUUUAAGCUGCACGGUCACAGGGACGCAAGGCCUACGGAGAGCCCAGGGCAGAAGCUGUACGAUCUGAUUCGUAAACAUGAACACUAUGAGCCUAUUGGACCGAACAUUGUUACUUUCUCGCCGAAAUCUCGUGUAUGACAUUUUAAUAUAUGUCAACUUUUUGUAUCGUUGUCUUUCACUUUUUUGUUUAUUGACAGUAUGUGUUCUUUGUUAUUAUUAAUGUUUGCCUGAUAUAUAAACACAUGUUAAUACUGUAUUGUAGAUGGAUCUUUAUCCCUCUCUUCCACAAUAAAUGUAUAUUUUGUAAAUGUAAAUUUUAUUUCAUGACAUUAGCUGUAUGUGUUCGUUAAUUAUACCAUAGAAAUGUGAAAUAUGUAUUUCAUAGUAGUUUGUUAUACCACUGCUAUCUUAAGAGUCAAGUUGCUUUUUGCUAGUAACCAAGUAUGUGUCGAUAAUAGUAGAGUAAUAUUCUCGUUAUCUAUUUAACUAUAGUAUGUGUAUGUAAUUGAUUUUGACAUUAAUAAUUAUUUUGCAGAUGGCAUACAGUUUUGAUCGAGUAGAAUAAUUUGCAUCGGAUUUAUUUGUUUAUGUGGUGAAACUGUUCUGUAAAGUUAUAAAAUAUGCAAUACAUUUGAAUAUCAUAUAAACAUGCCUAUCUUUUAUUGUUUUGUACAACUAUAGUACAAGUAAAUUUCAGAAAUGACAUUGGUUAUGAUUGCAAUUAAGAUUUUGUACGCUUCAAAAUUUGUAUAUAAACGGUAACUGUAUCGUUUUCAUGCAUGCAUCAUUAUGAUUAUAGAGUUUACACAGAUAUCAUAGUUAUUACAACAUUGUAUUGAUAUAUUGUACUUAUGUUUUUAAUCACCCUAUGAUAUGUAAUAUUAGACCUUCAUGUGAGUAUGAUGCAAUUCUUAAGAAUGAAAUUCUUUAUAAAUAUAAAGUAAUGUACAUAUACACACCAUAUAUGAACAUACUCUACAUGUAUAAGCAAAUUUUGUUAAUACUCCGAUAUGAUUAUUACAUCAUGACAUGUAUUUAAGCACUAAUGUCACCAAAUUGAAAAUAUAUGUAGAUAUAACAUCAUGUUUGUUGAACAAGGAUCAUAAAGGUCUAUUUCAAUUAAGUAUAUGUAUAUGUAUUUGUUGAAUUUGUCUUCUUUAUAUCUUAUUUAUAAAGGCAACUCUUAAAGCGUGUCAUCUCGAAAAUCAACUGUACCUGUACAUGUAAUUUAUAUAAUUUUCGAUGUUUGAAAUUUAUUGAAUGAGUCGAAAAUUACCUUCCCUUCAGUAUGAAUUUGCCGCUAGAGGCGCUCUAGAAGUACGAGGUUUUCGUGCAUGGUUAAAACGUGGUCAGUUUUCGUCAUUCAGCUUUGGGAAUUCGCACGGUAUACAUGUUAUUUUUUAAAAUAAUGUGUUAAUAUUUCAUAUUAUGGAAAUUAUAUAUGAAAUUGAAUAAUUGAUAUAUGUAUUGAACUAAAUUUACAUAGAAUGUCACUGUAUGAUGACUGUUAGAAAGAUUGUAUUAUGUGAUGUAUGUUUGCUAUAUAGGCAA